GGUGUACAUACAUACUAAAUACAUGUAAAUAUUACAUGUAAACUAAACAAAUUAACAACUAAAACAUAAAAUAGUUGAAAAGUUGGGAGAUAAACUCUGCUGCUCUAGCACAACAGUGUUUUUAGUCACUUGGUUGCUAAGCAACAGGAAGACGCUGCUGUUGACAAGGGAAAUAGCGUUAGCUAUGAGCUAAGUGUUUACGGAGGAUUUGUAAUAACACAUAUGGUGUUUGAGUUGCAGAUGGAGUCGUCGUCACAGAGUAGAGCUGCUGGAGGACUAUGGAACAACCCCAGAGCUACUCAGUACAGCAAGGAGACCCAGAAUAUGAUGAGAUUGAUGAUACAGGAAUCAAAACUCACCCACCGCCAGAGAAAACAGAUCAACGAAUGCCUUGAGAAUGGAGCUCCUUUACCACUGUCCCUUGACCGCACACCAUCAGCUUCCCCCCCUCAGCCUAAAACCAGUAAAUCUGUCCAGAAAAGUCUUCCAGGAACGUCUCAGAGACGCAGCGCUGAAUCUUGUCGCUCUGGGGACAGUUAUGUCAGAGAAAAGUUCCGUCCUCGUCCCACAAGAGACUUAGAAAAAGAGAAGAGGAGGCUACAGAAUAUAAUGGAAACAGGAGAAGAAGAGCCCACAGCUGCAUCAUCCAAAAAUGUUCCUGGAUGUCGGAGCCCAGAUGUGGCGGAGCAGAAAGACCCGUAUCAGCAGGUUCUGGAUGAGAUCGAGGAGAGAAGACAGUUUCUGGCAGAUAUGUCUUCUCUGGGUCAGCAGCAGCAGUACUUCCACAUCAUCAACGCUGAGAUAUCUCAGAGGAUGCGAGAACUGCGUGUGUUGGAGAAGACCCGCGGUCUCAAGAAGGAUCAGACAUCUGAGAGAGACGAGCUCACAGACGGAGCUCAGUGA